CGGGGACACUAUAGCAGCAGGUUUGCGAGAACGGGAGCUGAACUAGGAAUCGGAGCGAAAGAAACGGUUUAGCUACUGUUGGAGGAAAAAAACAAACACUGACAGAAAGAGAGAGAGGGAGCUAGGCUGAGAGAAAGAAAGGAUUCUCUUCCUCGCUGACCCAUGAAAGAAGCCAUGCCUGUGCUCUCAGCAGGCGGGGGGCUCCAUGAGACGCUGGCCCUGUUGACCUCCCAACUGCGUCCCGAUGCCAACCACAAGGAGGACAUGGCGUUCCUCCAGGACGUCUUCAGCGAGAAGAGCUUGGGCUACCUCAUGAAGAUCCACGAGAAGCUGAGACAGUAUGAGAGACAGAGCCCCACUCCUGUCCUACACAGCGCCGCUUCUCUGGCAGAGGAUGUGGCCGAGGAACUGCAGAGUGGGCCAAUGAGCGUCGAGGAGAAGGAGCUCAUGCAGCUGUUGACUUCACCUCAUCUGAAGGCGGUUCUGUCAGUCCAUGACACGGUGGCCCAGAAGAACUUCGACCCUGUGUUGCCUCCGCUGCCUGAUGACUUUGAGGAUGAGCUGGAGGAGGAGUCGGUGAAGAUCGUCCGCCUGGUGAAGAACAAGGAGCCUCUGGGGGCCACAAUCAGGAGGGAUGAGACCACAGGAUCUGUGAUCGUGGCUCGCAUCAUGAGGGGAGGGGCCGCAGACAGGAGUGGUCUGGUCCACGUGGGAGAUGAGCUCCGGGAGGUGAACGGCAUCUCCAUCAUCCACAAGAGGCCGGACGAGAUCAGCCAGCUGCUGUCCCAGUCCCAGGGCUCCAUCACGCUGAAGAUCAUCCCCGCCAUUAAAGAGGAGGACCGUCUGAGAGAGAGCAAGGUGUACAUGAGGGCCCUGUUUGACUACAUUCCCUUGGAGGACAAGGCCACGCCCUGCCAGGAGGCGGGGCUUCCCUUCAAGCGAGGGGACAUCCUGCAGGUGGUCACCCAGGACGACCCCACGUGGUGGCAGGCCAAGAGGGUGGGCGACAGUAACCUCCGCGCGGGCCUCAUCCCCUCCAAACACUUCCAGGAGAGACGACUGGCCUACAGGAUCAAAAUGGGCACGCUUCCGAACCCCAAAUCCCCUAAAACGCCCGUCUGUGUCUCUUCUCUAUCCUCUCCCUCACUGCCUAUGUCAGAUGACCAGGGAUGUGACAAAGAGGACUGUGACUGUGAGGGCUAUUUCAAUGGACAGUACAUAGUCUCUCCUAAGUGUAAAGCAGGGGCGCCCUCCUGUGGCCAGGUGUUUUCCUGGGAAUUUUAUUCAGCUGGUCUCAGGAGAAGUUUCCGGUUGAGCCGUAAGGACCGUCCGGGUUCCUCCGGUGAAGCCAAUGCCUCUGAUCCCGGAGACUCAGAGUUUCUGACCUAUGAGGAAGUGACCCGGUACCAGCAACGGCCCAAUGAGAGACCUCGUCUUGUGGUGCUGAUCGGUUCUCUCGGGGCUCGCAUCAACGAGCUGAAACAGAAGGUGAUAGCUGAGAACCCACAUCGCUACGCCGUGGCAGUACCACAUACCACUCGUCCCAAGAAGCUGCACGAGAAGGAGGGGGUGGAGUACCACUUUGUCACCAAGCAGUUGUUCGACACCGACGCUCAGAACAACAAGUUCAUAGAGCACGGAGAGUACAAGGACAAUCAAUACGGCACUAGUAUAGAGGCCAUCCGAUCAGUCCAGGCCAAGAACAAGAUGUGUCUGGUGGACGUGCAGCCUGAGGCUCUGCGGACGCUGCGGACAGCUGAGUUCAAGCCCUACGUGAUCUUCGUCAAGCCUCGCGUCCCCGAGAGCAGACGGCGCCGCAGCGCUGCCACCUCGCCCACAGGGGGCGAGCAUGGCCGUGUCACGGAUGAGGACCUCCAGGAGAUGCGUCAGUCAGCCAUCCAGAUCGACCAGCAGUAUGGUCAUCUGGUGGACCGGGUCCUUAUCAAGGAGGACACGGCCAGCGCCUGUGGGGAACUGCGCGGCGUUCUGGAGAGGUUGGAGCGGGACACCUUCUGGGUGCCCCUCAACUGGGUGCGAACCUAACUCCCUCCCUCUGUCACCCUCUUGAGUGGGGGGGUCCCAGUCCCCUCUCCUGCCCCGCCAGUCCCCUCCUGAUCAUCUCUCCUGGCCCCCUGGGGGGGGGGGGGGGGCAGUUUUGCGGGUUACUGUACUGUGCUGCCCUCCUGUGGACUGAUGCAAGGCCAGGCCAGGCACACACACACCGGGACAGAGAGAGGACAUGAAGCUCAAAGCCCUGUUUAGCAUCUCUGUUUGGGUUAUCACUGGAAAGGACCGCAGAUCGUCGAUGAUCGUGACAGAAUGCCCCUUAUCGUGUCAUUUAUUUCUAAAAGUAUAUAUUUAUUUGACGCUGUUUCAUUUGGUUUCGACAGGGAAGAGGGUGUCUCUGAACUGACAACGUUGUCAGUCGAAUAUGUAAUGACAUUACAUUUCAUGUAAUGGCUAUCAUUUCCUCCUGCUACUUAGGUCUGUUAGAGAAAGGUUAUCCUGUCAGAAAUCAGUCUGCUGUUGGAGAGCCAUCCAAAGUAUUCUCCCCGUUCAGUACUUGAAUGUGAACGAUUAACCAUACAGUUCUUCCUCCCUCAUUUGGUCUGCCCAUGUAGGCAAGCUGCUGUACCAACAAAACAAUACUCACAUUCUUGAAGACAAGGAUAUAUUACUAUCAUUUAAAGACAUUUCUGUCAUGCAAAUAUGUUACUGUCAUGCAAAGAUGUUACAGUAAGGCAAAUCCAUCUGCUUCCAUUACAAACAGUUACUAGUAAUACAUCAAGUUGAACCUCAUAUAGAUGUCAUGUACAGUAAUGUUGAAUGUUAGGUUGUAUAGUAUUACCAAGUUUUCUCUGUUCACUUCCUUAAUGGUUUGGUGUGUUUUUUAAAGUAGGAACUGCACGACAGGUGGUUAUAUAAUCUGUGAUGUAUAUUUAAAUACAGAUCCUUCUGUGCCAAUGAAUGAUCUCUGUCACCACAUCAACGCAACCUGUUUAUCUUUGAUUCCUAUAGUAGCUAAUCCUGACAACCUGUUUACCUUUGAUUCCUAGCUAAUUCUGACAAGCUGUUUACCUUUGAUUCCUAGCUAAUCCUGACAAUGUGUCUAUUACUUCGAUUCUGGGACUGAAAACUGUCUGUGUGAUGUCAUACCUGGAUGUACGCACACAAACACUGCCUACUCUAAACGUGUUAAGCACCGUGUGUAAAUAGUAAUGGCUCAGACACAGUUCAUACUGUAUCAAACCCAGUUAAGGGUGUAUGAAACAGCUAUGUGUGAGUUUGUGUUUGGUAGAGGGAAAGUUCUCUGUGGUCUGUGAAGAGCAAGGGCCGUGUUUUAUCGGUCUGUAGGAGUUAAGAUGCUGCCGGACGUGACAUUGACAUUUCUAGCGAGAGGAGACUUGCUGAUUUGGAUUCUGUCUUGUUGUGAAUGCAGCUGUGCAGUGUCACAUCGGAACCCAGUGGACUGUGCAGCACAGGUGGAACGUCUGUGGAACGUCUAGUACUCCCAUAAGGAAAUGGGGAACCAUGAGAAUGUCUCUGUUAAAUCUUUUUGAUUGCUACAAAUAAUGGUACCAGGUAUGAGUGCAUAACCAUACCUUCUGUACAACUAUAACUUGUGCGUGUGUAGGCCUACAACGUGUUGUUACUGUACGUGUGUGUGCUGUUUUACCAACACCAUGUGAGCUAUCCCAGGGUACCUUCCAGAAGCUCCUUGUCUCUUCCACCAUGCUACCGUAUGUCCUCCAGACAUGCGACUGUACUCCUGUAAAGAUCCUAUAAAGGCCAGAAUGUUGAGUUGGUGACAUGUAAAAAGUGCCAAUAGUAAAAUCCGAUCUAUCUAGUGUGGUGUUUUGUUUUCUUGUUUUAGUAUAAUAACUGCUUCUUUCGUCCAUGUGU